AUGACAUUUAGAGCAAGUGGGACGAUCCGUCUAGACAAGGAGGUGACACCAACAUCUCAGUUAGAUAACCGCUGGGAAGUGCAGCGCCGUCAAAAACUGCGGGGUGGGACUGUGGAAAGUGCCGGCGUGAAAAGGGAAAUAAGGUACAAUAACUGCGGUAACGGCGGGAAGGUAGGUCGGUGGGAAUGUGGGUCGGCGGGAAUUUGAGGACAGAACACCGGUUGUUUUCGCCAGCACGCGGUCUCACCACCUUCAUCCUGGAUUCGCACUCCAAAAAUGUCACUUCAUUUGAACAACUGUGUACAGUUCAGGGGAUUUUACACGGAGACUAAAACCCCUCCCCUUAAUUGCCGCGUCCAUUGUAUUCAUAUCUACUGCUGUUUAUUUUCAUACCUCUGAGAAUUGUUUUUGGGUAGGUAGUCAGUAACUCGAAUAAAUGAAUCUAUGGUUCCGGUCUUAUACCGGCCUCAGUCUCGUUUACCAAAUUCCUCGGGUAUGAACAUUAAUCUCCAAGGUCAUUUUGAACCAUGAAUCUUCAAUGCCAAACACAAGCACCCUUACUGUCCUCAUGGCCCGAUUGGCUGCGGCUUUUUGACGCAAUUUCUAUCCGCCUAUAUAAUGUGUGUCCGCGGGCGUCGGCGUUUGUUAGCCGUUGUUGCUUUGGCCGUUUCCUUUUAUUUGUUAUUGAAGCGGGACAGCAUGUAAUGCCAGGUUUCAUCAUUAUUUAUGCAUUUCGGGCCGCCAGCUUUAUGCGAGCGCCUUUUGUACCUUUAAUGCUUUAAUUGUUGCAUGCAGUAAUUUGGUUUUCCGUCCUUACCACCUUGUUGCAUUGUUGUUGCUUGUUCUUUUUUUCACCGCGUCUUAGAAAAAGCCUUCCUUUUUACCUGUCUGAUCUAGGGUUUAAGCCCUACAUCAGACCAUUGUUGCCGAACCGCUACUAAUUAUUUAGGGGCGUUUGAAACAUUACAUACUAUUGUUAGUGGUUCGUAUGAUGUAAAUGGAUCACGUAAGACUAGGUAACUUUCGAGGGCUCUCUUAUCUUAUGACGCUGUUGACGGUUAUCACAAAUGACUGGAUCAUGGGAACGGUCUUACCUGCCCUCUAGCGUUUUCCCAAUUGCUUGGGUUCUGCAUCGGACAAUAAGGCGAUUUUAGGAAGGACGUCAAUAUCUUCUGUCUUUUGUUGGUAUUCCCCUUCCAGCCGCUUCCUAUGGGCUUGCCUCGUGAAAAACCAGAGCCAUCUUCCCGGGGGUGCAUCGCAUUGACGCACGGUGGUGCCACCCUAACACUGUUACGUGGCUGCCAUCGAGAACACUUUUCCAUAAAUUACAAGGCCUAAUAACCCUGAUAGCAUUCUACUCACCCACCUACGGUACAUUCCUUCCACUAAACUGGAUUUUUAUUUGGUGGAUAUGAUUAGGGAGCUGAGCAACUUUUCCAAACCUUUGCCAACUCAGACGCCGGGGUGAAAAGACGAGAGGAUAGGUUUGAUAUCAAGUAUAGGAGUAACUUUUGCUUGAAAGUCCAGUCAAGUGUGCGUGGCCUGCGAAGUCCAGACGCGUGUCAGACCCAUGUAGUCAACCGCCCUGAUAGCAUUCUACUCUACCAGGGCUAGCCUGGUCGCGGGCUAGUGUUGCGAUUGGCUGGAUUUCUUCAGCAAUCAUAGCGGACACUGCCACCCGGGGACAGUAGGUUAACGCGCCUUCUCGGGCGAGUUGAGGGCAUUGUAGCCUGAGGCUAUUUAAGUCGCCAGACAGGGGCCUAAAUUCCCAACAAAGUGCGUGCAUGCACCCUGCAUGCGUGCGUAUGCGCAAAGGGACCCCCCCAGGCGUGACGUGCGAAAUGCACUCCGGUGAGCAUCGAGGAGGGGGUGUAGCAGAAAAAGCUCCUUUCCUCGCAGAGAUCGAGCCAGUCAGGUUACUAGCCCUGCACUAGCCCGCAAGUCAGACGGGCCAGCAAGUGUCUAGCCCUGGACGACUAGAUGCUAUCAGGGAAAAUAUGUAGUUGAACGCUACACAUUGUUGACGCAUCGCCUGCCUAUUCAUCAGUUUUUGGUUGCCAUGUUUUAGCUUACUUUUAGUUGUUUUAGAAUCCGUACGUUUUCAUUGUCUCCUACCGACAUUUAAAAGCGCCCAUCUAAUUUAGCACUUUUUUUUAAAAAAAAUUUCAGGAGCAAGUUUGUCCGGCUUGGGUGAGUUUUCUAAACUAUGGUUGUUGAGACUCUUUCUGUAGUAGUGGAGUCAAUUUGAAGCUUGUGCAGGUGCAAGUCUACUUUCGACAUGGUGCGCGAACUCCUCUACAUUAUGUCAAGUCAUCUGUUUGCGACGUAAGCAUUUGCAUCUUACCGCUUUUUCGGUAGGCAGAAUGGCCAAAGUCGACGACGACUGAUGUACCCAAAACGAUGAUUCCGUUCGUCCAUCUUGAUCUUGAUACUCAGCAAGUUGUUGAUGAGGACACAAUGGACCUGAUUUAUAAACCGUUCCAUCUUCCAGUAAUCAUCCUUCCAUUGCAUUUAAUUCACCUUUGUAGGGUGGUGAAGCCAUUGGCAUGCUGACAUCCAUCGGACAGGCGGACAUCUACAAUAUAGGUGCACGCCUGAGAAAGGAUUAUGCCCAAAGUGGUCUCCUUAUCUCCGACCCACCUAAAUUAUCAGAGUUCCAGUAGGUUACAUCGCCUUUUCUCUUCACUGUUGCCCGUGACCUCAGGUGUAGGUCUACUCGGGUUGGCCGCAAUAUCAAGUCAAUGCGUUGCAUGGUCGCUGGACUAACUGGCGGUCAAGUCCCGGGUAAUCAUUUAAAUUACGGACCGACCCCCUUUCCUACCAUCUCUUUUAUCAGUAUGAUCUCCCCCACCAGUUUCAUCUCUGCACUUUUGCCAUUUGUUUGGCUGUCCAUUUAACGGUCCGGUUGUUAAGGACAUGUGUUUCAACUUCUUUAAAACUGCUAAUGAAGGCUUCGCUCUUCCGCUCUUUUUCCCUUAAAGGACCAGUUACAAUAGCAUCCAUACCUUUCGAAACCGAGUUUCUGUUUCCGAAUCCAAAGAACUGCGGCGUCAUGGAUCGGGCUUUCCUACAGGGCACCGAGGAGCUACGCAACAACUCCCGCAUAACCAGCCUAAAAUCUGAACUCAAGAGGGUGUUAAGUGCGUAUUUUAAAUCGUUUUCUUCUCUAGCAGUCUUUUUAAUUUCUAGAACUUGACAGGCUUGUGGAUGAACUCGAAAAAAGUAAGGACAGACCGACAGAUGACUGCCAGGUCUAUUAUGUUCGUGACGAUUACAUAGCGCGCAAGGUUAGUUAAACGCUUUGAGGUGUUUUUUUACAUUGUUCGCUUGCCUUCGGUAUUUCCACUCACCUGGCUAUUUUGAGAAGGCGGAAUUACCGCCCCACAAACUGAAGGUAUCCUACAGACAUUACUGGGAGCGAGUUUGUUCUACAUAUCCCUACCAUCUCAGUUAGCAGCAGCCAUAAGCCCGAUGAGUUUGUUGUUAAUCCGCCUGGCAUUUAUGCGGUGGCCACACAAAACAAAAUAAGCUUAUUGUGCUAGUAAAUAAUAUAGUAAUCUUCGCAUCCGACAAAGAUUUUUCAGUAGUUCCUUCCUCUUGUUUUGUAGCGGACGAGCGUCCGACUGUGAGCCAUAUAAUGGAGGGUAAAAAAGGAGGCAGAAUAAAUUUCACGCUUUUGUCAUUGAGAAUAGCAUAUUUUUAAUCAAUGAUGACGUUUUCGACCCCCAAUCUGUCUGCGUUUUCGGGAACAUUAUACCUGCCAUAACACGUAUUAGUCCGUGUUGUCUUUGGCCAAACUGUGAUCCGCGCAUGCCAGUGACGAAGCAGGCAUUAUUUGGGUUGAGAGUUGUAGUUCUCUGCUCAACGAGGCACGACCGAGCCAACUUUCCAGAAAGGGCAGCCGGCCUUUCCUUUUAUAGUUGGGUCAAAGGUAUCACCUCAGACUAUGUCAGCGCCUCAACUCCAUUUAUGCCUUAUGUGGCGACCUCUGAGGCGUUAUCAGGAAUCCUUAAACACACCACAGUUACGGUACUAAUGCACAUGAAGCGUGGCCUAUAACAAUCGCACGUGUGAAAAAUUACUAACAGAAACGUGUAUUCCCAGAUGUGGCUCCAGCCGUUGGUUGCAGGCGGACUUGGGUAGAACCUGCAGUCAUUCUAUACAAAACGGUCUCCUUGCAAUAGCAAUAUUUUAAACCAAGGGUAUUUUGCUUUAGCUUAAUUCCUGACCCAAUGUACGGUCUCAAGUCUGCAUGCUUCUUGAUUAUAUUUGUAUAUUAUAUUGUAUUAUCUGCGUUGACGUGCGUCCCGUCACGAAGGUUUAGUUGGGUCAAAUUCAUGUCAGGCACUUUCGAAGCGUUAAGGAUGUGGAACAAGGCAAACCGUUGCAGAAUUUUUAGAGAUUAGAUGCUUAGAGCGCAGGGGUGCAACCUUUAUGAAUAUCGCAACAUGUGGGAAAAAGCUUAAAAGCAGGUAUUUUUCACCAGUGCCUUUGGUACCAAGGACACUUACCUGGGUUGGUGGACUUUUUAGGUUUUUAGCUUCGUGCUUAGUGGCGGUUCGGCAGACGCGGUCCAGCGAUUGAUUUCCAGCCAGUUAGUCAACUUUGUGUCUUUCUAGAAUCUUUGCAGUGUGCACAGAGCUUUAGAAGUUUUUGACACUGAAUACACUUUAAGUAGCUAAACCAUUCUGCCCAUGCAAGGCUACUUCUUCACGCACGUAGUAAAGUAACGAAGUUCUUCGAUUGCAACGUAACGGUGUCACAGACUGAUUUUUUGUAUGGCUAAUUUGAGGAAUAUCACACAGACAGACUCCCGAGACAGAAGUGCGCCGACUAGGUUGUGAACAUCACCUUUUAUAGAGGCUGUGGGUGCAUGAUUUAUGCUGUUUUAUAGGCUGUUAAAGACUGUGAUCUAGAUGAUUAUGAAUUAUGAGAUAUGUCUGCUGUGAGGACUAUUAGGUUGUCGCUCACUUCGAUUAUCUUCAAGUGACUUAGUGUCGGGAAGCGAAGUUUAGGCGAAAUUUCACCGGUACCAGGUAUGCCGCUUGCCGGACAAUGUUUUCAACAUGGCUGUCCGCUUCAUGACCCUUGUGUUUGAUGGCGCAUGCAGGUAGUAUGAAGUUCAAUUAGAGUUGUACUUUCGUGAAACUUUCUCGACAUUUAAACCCUAUAAGGACUGCAACGCGUAAACAGUUGCAAAGUGCACACAGUCUUUGUGUUGUGAUAGUCCAGUGUCGUCAUGCGGCCCUCUUCAUCGCUUAUUUCCCACCGUCCUUAUUGCAAUCGCGGCAGGAUUCCUUAGAGAACCUGUGCUAACUUUACGGCUUCUGAUACCUUUUGAGGUGGCGGAGAGUCGCAUUUCCUGACACCCAUUCGUACCAGCCUAAGUCUAUGAAGAAGAGGACACUAUGAGCAAACUGUCUUCUACUUUGACUUUUUGAACGGUAUGUGCUGUGCUCGCGAGAAUCUGGUGACUUGCUUGCUGUCAAAGCAAUCGUCCGUUAGUCGUCUGCGUAUUUAUUCCUCACACGUCAUCCCCGUCUCAGUCGACAGUGCUACCUUGGCCCGGUACUUACCGAUAUUAACAUUUUCCUUAGCAAAUCAGUUUGCUGAAUCACAAAGAGAUUUCUGUUCAUCCAUUUGUAAACAGUUUGUGUGUAUUUGCACCCAUUCUGAGUUCUUCACAUUUAUGCACAUCAAAUACAGUAGGUGGGCCAACUCAUGAAAUGUCAACGGAAAUUCCGAAAUGCGUUUUCUUUUUGAAAAGAUUAAUUAAGUAGCGUUGUAAAACUAGUCAGUUUGCAGUAUAAUUCUAUAAUAAUUCAGCUACCUCAGGAUGCUGGCUUUCGAAAAAACUUCCUUCCGGCUGCAUGCGAAAACUAUACUCUGUAAAAAAUAACUACUUAAGUGACAUGCCUUUUUUGAUUUUCUCUGCCUCUAAGAGUCCAAUUAUAUUUCAUGGAAAUCAUGCACAAGGAUAUUCAUUCUUUUGCUCAUUCCGUAGAAAAUUACGUCUUUCAAUUUUAUACUCGAAGGAAAGGUAUUAUUCGGUUUUCAAAAACUUUCCCAAUUCCCGAAUAAUUAUGAACCCGCUCUGCCGUCACACUUGCAUUCAGGGUUUCCAAACUACAAGUCAUGUAUUUUCCGCAUACGGAGAACCAUACAUUUCUCUACGGUAUUAAGAGGAGACCAUAUGGGGUUCAUAAGAUUUAGCAAUGGAUUUGAGCCAUAUUGUUAACUUUGCAAGCCACAUUGGUAAAUGCAGAGACGAUGCUUUAUGAACGACCAUUUCACGGUAUUAAAAAGUUUCACAAUUAGAAACUGUUUUAAAACCGAAUUAUGUCCUUCCUUCGAGUAUAAAAUUGAAAGAAGACUUACUUUUCUACCGAACGAGCAAAAGAAUGAAUAUUUUUAUGCAUGUUUUCCAUGAAAUAUAAUUGGAAUUUUAGAGGCGUCGAAAAUAAAUGAAAAAAUGCAUGCUACUUAAGUAGUCAUUUUUUAGAGAGUGUAGUUUUUGCAUGCAGCCGGAAGGAAGUUCGUUCGGAAGCCGGCAUCCGGAGGUAACUGAAUUAUUAUAGACUUAUGCUGCAGGCGGAUUAGUUUCACAACCCUACUUAAUUAUUAUUUUCGAAACGAAAACGUAUUUGGGAAUUUCGGUUGACAGUUCAUGAGUUAGCCCGCCUGCUGUAGGUUUGCCACUUUCGGUGCAGUUAAACACCGAGGACUGGUGCGUGACCUCUUAAUGUCUGCCCUUUAGCACAACAAGUUCACGUACCCAGAGUCACUGAAGCCCCUGGAGGAGGAGAUAGACAUCCUCUCCGCUACGGAACUGCUCUGUGAAUUGCUGGGAAAGCAGAGGUGAGUCGGCCUGUUUUUGAACUCAUCUGGUGGUUUCUAGUACAUUGUCUUGGUAAGAGCCAAAUACGUGCGUAACAAGCAAGAGCAGAAACCUUAUGCCCCGAUGCCGGUCCCACCAGUCUGGGUGAUUCCGUCUGGUAGGAGAGGGGGGGGGGGCGAUUUGGUCGAACUUGUUCGACCCCUCCUCACUGAAAUCAAGAUGGCGCGAUUUUCAGCCACCAAGGCUCUUUGAAGGUCGUGACCGACUUCUGGGCUGACUGCGCUUCCAUCCGAGAGCAAGUCGCGAUGGCGUAUUGAUGUGACACCAUAGCUUCUCCCGCCGCCGUGGCAUCUGAAUGAGAGACUAACACACGUGCGUGUGGUACGGGCAGGUUGGGCGACUGUUUCGUAAGCCACUGUCCCCAGGCCCAUGUUCAGUCGUCUUCACCCUGGAACGUGACAGCUUUGGAAGGAGGGAGAGGAUUUAAUGCUGCCCUCAAUAACCCCUCCCCCGUAAUCCGACUCUCGUGUUUGACGGCUGUGUUGUGACUUGCCGCCAAGACUUUCAAUCCACAUCUGCCUACUUCACUCACGAAAGAACAGCGCCUCUAGCAUGGUGGUAGGUGGCGUAUCUCAUGAAAUGUUGGCUGAAAUUCCGAGGCAUGUUUUCUAUCGGCGGAUUACUUAACUAUGGUUAUAAUAUUGAUUAUAGUGCAGCAUUAUCCCAAAAUAUUUUAGACAAGCCUGGAUGCUGGCUUUGGAAUGUUCUUAUUUCCGGCUGCAUGCCAAAACCAUACGCAACAGCAAUGACCACUUAAGUACUAUGCUUUCUCCACUGAUUCUCGAUGGUCCUUUAAAUUAAGACACGUUUUAAAGAGAACGUAUAAGAACUCAUCCUUAUGCUCGCUAAUAGUAAAUUUUAUUUUUGAAAAAAGGUAUUUCUAGCUCCUCUAUUUUCCUAAUACUUUUGAACCCGACCCGUCGUUGCAAUCCUGCUUAGGUUUUCCGAGUUAUACCCUGCAUACUUUCCAUGUAAGGAAAGGCGUCAUAUAGGGAGCGUUAAAUUUCGCAGUAGAUAUGGAUCACCUUGUAUAUUUCAUAAGGAGCACUAACAAACGGUCAUUCGAAUGGGCAUCCCACGGUCUUGAAAAGUCCCAUAAUUGCAGUCAUUUUUAAAACGGAAAGCUACCCUUUCCUCGAGUAUAGCAUUUUAAAAUGCAUUUUGCUACCAAAUGAAUAGAAGAGAGAAUAUUUUUGUGCAUGUCUUAUUUAAAAUGUUUGAAUCUAUGAUAGCAGCAAAAAUCGAUAGAAGAAAUCCGCGCCACUUUGGUAGUACUUUUAACGAGUGUGAUUUUACAGGAGACAAGAACAACGUGCAUUUAAAAACCAAUGUCGUGGUGUGACUGAAAUAUCUUUGGAUUAUACUACUCGAUAAUCAAUAUUGCAAUCCCACCAACUGGAGUUAAAUUUUAGAAUUUCCGCUAGUUUUUCAUGAGAUGUACGCCAUCUACUGACUGUACGUGCUUCCUCAUGGGUUUCGAUGGCUUUAUAAGGUCAGAUAUUUCCUUCCGUAGGGAAUUUAUAAGACUUGACCUCCUAUAGUCUUCCCGCAGACACUGGCGUCUGAGGACUACUACCUGAAAAUGCGGAUUACUUUACUGUAGGAAAGUUGACAUGUGUCCUUUCAGUGGCGGCUCGAGUUUUCGCGUCUUCAAGGUUUCAAACCAGCUUUUUAGGCGUGCUAUGCACAUAUACCCUCUUAUUUCUCCUGUUGGUGUGGGAAUAAGAUCUGGUAUCUCAUCUGGCCCAUUUUUCCUGCUUCGUAUGAAGGUUUAGAAAACCCACGGAAAUUUAACCACACGUAUGGCUAACGGGCACCUGGAAUUCUUCGUAAUUGCACGUUAUUUUCGUACAAGUGGGUUUUCUUUAACGAAACCUAAAUUCCUACUGACCGACCGUGAGAAAUGUAUUGUCAGAUCAUUCUACGAAAGGCACUCAACUUUGCAGUGACUGUCCAUUAACCUCCCGAGGCCCCCGACUCCGUAUGAAUUGUAGGGGUCGCAUUCACGUGCCAGUCCGAACUCGUUAAGAUACCGGAGUCGUAUAAGCAGAAAAUGCAGGUAACCUGAUACAAUGCACUUGGGUCACGCAUCGGCUUUGUCGGUCACUUUGCUCUGAGACGGGCGAACCAGUGCCUGGGGUCCCGACAUACACUCGACGCACCUGCCUUAACUGCCCGCUCUGCGCUGGGGCAUUCAGUCAUCGCCUGGGCCUAUUUGGCCAUAUGUCCCUCCGUGAAAAUCUUCGGCAAUGCACUAGGAGCUCAUUCCCUUUGGACAUUUUCGUGUUUAAGUCGCGCAAACAAGCUUAAUCAUUCCGUGGGAGGCAGAAAGUUGGCCCUUCGUCUAUUUCUUGAUGUUGGAAUAUUUUACUUGCUUCUUCGUACACUGAACAGUUCAUCCAGUGAUUUCUUUGAUGCGGGAACCGCAGCAGACGGAUUCUAUGCAAACUUCUGCAGAGCUUUGUAAGCGCUGUAUCCAUUCAACUCGCUAUGUGGUUGGAGGAGGAGGAGGAGGAGGAAUACAGCUAAGUCACCGCACCGACAAAGUUUCACGUUGUGCUUCUGCUCCACUGGACCUUUGGGAUGUAUUUUUGGGUGUACUGAUGAGCGACGUUAACGGCGAAAUGCAUUCGCACACAUCCCUCAUUUCGUCCUUUUCUCGGAACAUAAUGAUUAAUCCCACUUAACACGACAUCUACGAGUCUGGUGGGGACUAGCUGGACGCUGUUUCAGUAAACCACAAACGAAGUUGAUUGUUGUCCAACAUUUUAGACUGGGUUUUCAUUUUCUCACCUGACCAUCUACUCUAAAGUCUUUUAUCAUUUUUUAAGGGACUGGGUAUCGAACCUUGACAUCACUAUCGGACCAGUGCUUCACUUGAUUCUCACGAAAAUUCGCGAUCACUCUGAGUAAGUUUAUUAUGUCUUCAAUCUACUAUGAUUGUUUAUUUCGAUGUCCUCAUGUGUAUACGAGCGGUACCUUGCUAACUAACGAUUUCCUUCAAGUUUUAUUUGAAGGCAACGAGAUUAGCCAUGAUCCUUAUGACGAAAACAAGGCGGAGAUGCGACUAUGUCAGUUUUCUGUCUCAAAAGUUUGGUCUUUGCAGCCCUGUGGUUGGAACCUGUCGUAUGCCUUCCUUACGAUUAAUCCCUCUCCCCAGAAGAUGUCGCUGAUGCAAUAAAUAGAGGGCCAUGGUGAGGGUUACACCUUCGGUGACAUGUCUACGUUGGCUGGCGAUCCGACACAACGAAGUGCUUAGAAGUCUGUGGGCAAAUUAAGCUGUACCUGAUCACGGGGGUUCGUCCGUGCGAGAACUGCCUCGGCCUUGCCCAUAUCAACAUUACCACAAAGGUCUUUGCUGUCAUGAUUUUCAGGAUCCCAGGGAAGCUGAGCUCUGAACUGGAAGUACAGUUCGUGGCCUAUCUGAUGAGAGGUCACGCACUGUGGACAGAAAUCACUGUAGCACAUGAAACGCCCACCCCGCAUCCACGAAAGUUGUACUGCGGCAAAGAUACGACCGAGCUUCAAAAUAAGGCACAGUUUGAUUUAUAAAGUACUAUUUAUUGACUAAGAAACAAUUUAUUUUACGAAAAACCACCAAAUCAAAAAAACGGGUUUAUGACAUGUCAACUAUUCAACGCCUCAUAUAACUGCCAGCAGAGAAGGGGACCAUCAUAAAACAACAAAAUGAUGGAAAAUAGUAACAAAUACAACGCAUCAGUACUUUGUUGAUUUCCAUUUAGCUUUCAAAGUCGCUGUAAGGCGAGAGGGCAUGGAGACUAACAAGUUGUCUAAGGGGGUUUGGUCUAUGUAAUUAUUAAGCAAAAAUUCCAACUUUUGCUCCAUAGGAAGAUGUUUUCUUGCGUUGUCCAAAUUUCUUUUGAUUAGUGCAAAAAAAACAAAAAAACGUUUUCUUAUAAGUUUUCUAUUUAAAAUGGCUUUGUCAUGGCGUUUUGCUGAUGGAGACCGAACUCUUUCAUUCUCUUUCUAAUUAUGCACAAAGAAACAUUGACAGGUGUUCUCUGUAAAUAGCCUUAAGGGGCAUAUAAUGAUACUUUUUCAGUAUCCGACGAAUGGACUCGUCGUCUUGCUUGCUUCUGGACCGUUUUGGCCCACCUUGCUUAGUUCUGGGCACUGUUUUAUUAUUUAUAAUUCUCCAGAGAAUGAUCUGACUAAUAUUGAAAAUACCAGCUAACGAUUUACGCGGCAGCCCUUCGACUGCCAAUUUUCGUAUCCAUUCAAAUUCAACUUCCGAUAAGAACUGUUUCGAUAUCUUUGCUGCACGGCGUGGUAAAGAAAAGUGGCGGCAUGUAGCGCGCAAUCCAUAUAUACGUGUUUACACCUACCAGUUUCCGGUGUAGUAAAAUACUGUCUAACAAGCCUAUUACUGCGUUUAACGAUAUAAAACGUUACAGUUUUUCUAAAUAGAAUUUACAAAGAGCAGAUUGCUUCUUUGUUGAUCAGCAUAAUGUGUUUUGACAUACGUGACUUGAUCUGAUUUUCAUGAACUAAAAAUCAGUAUUUCCAUUUCCAGAGUGGUCUCCUUUGAUAUUUUUAUUUGUUAUAUGAAAGUUUCUUUAUAACUCAACGCGUGCAAAUAAGAGAUUUUAAUAGGGGAUACUUAUUAGAAUAGUAAAUUAAGUGGAUAUCCGAGGACGUCAAAAUUUGCUUAAUUUUGGUCCAUUUCCCCUCAAUAAAACUUAACUAACAGGACCUCUGCUUUAGAAAAAAGCUUUUUGGGAUUCCAGUCAAUUCUAAAAACAAGAAUAACCACACAAAAUAUGUGCCGUUACACCAACUCAAAUAGCGAUCUCGACAUUUCAUGAGUUAGGUCAUCUACUGUAUAUAGCAGCGAGGAGGCACGACGGAAAACGCGGGUAGAUUUAUCAGCCAAGCAUAACCCUGGCGGGCAGUUUGGACCAGAAACACAAACAUGCGCACAGACACACCGGGCACAGUUGGUCCACCACUGGGGUCUACCAGAUGGGUCAUAGGAACUUCAUCGAACCGAAGUUCAUCAGUACCUCGCCAUGUGUCAUUCUCCGUUGCUUCAGAUGGGGUAUUUAUUCAGUUAGGAAUGGGCGCACAUCGACCUAUUAGUUUCCCGAAGCAAACAAGCUCUGCUGCUAUUAUGACUUGGCCGACUUCGGCCUGGUAGUUUGUUGACUGUUAGGUCAUCUACUGUAACUAAAAACACGAAUGAUCACACAAAAUAUAUGCCGUUCUAUCAACUCAAAUACUGAUCUCUACAUUUCAUGAGUUGGGUCAUUUACUGUAACUGUCCUGACCAAAUAUCGAUGCUAAGGCGCAUAAAUGCAUUUCACUACGAUUACCAGUAGCCGACGACCGGUCGCAGUCCUGGCCGUGUCGUUGCCUUCCAUUGCCUUCCUCCUUAAGUCUUCAUGACGCGGAUAGUACAGCCGGGGCUGUGUACCGACAAAAAAUUUGACUCUGAUUAAUGAGAAACUACUCUUCACCUGUGCGUGCGUCCGUGCCCUCAGAAACCUCUCCUACCCUGUCAUUAUGCGGUCAGGCGCUUGCCUGUCCUGUUCAAGUACACCAACUCUAUUCCGCUUGAGGGCAUCGAGCAUUCACUCAGAAGUCAGGACUGGACUACACUGAAAGCGCUGCUGGGCACGAAGACCCACAGAACGCAGGGUUGCGGCUAUACGAUGCCACCAGUUCAGCUCACAUGCACAGCAGCCCCGCAAAAUGUCGUCUUCGAGUUACAUCGCUGGCCGGCAGGACAGGCCCGUCGUUGUUAAUGACUCUCAUUUUGAUGAGUUUGCAGUUUGAAAUCUCUUGAUCCGGAUUGUUGCUUAAUUAGGAACAGGGAUAUCACCGAGUCAAUACUGCCCUGAGAAUUGUUUCUAGCCCGCCAUGUACCUGUAAAGCCGUGGAGAUUUCUCGAUCACAACAAGAUGCCCUAUCUGCCUACGGCCACGAAUGUUGGGCUGUUCCAACAGCGUGCAAAUAUUAGGUAAACAAGGAAUUUUAGGGUAAGGUGAUACUAUACUAACAGCACAGGUACUCGCCAAAAGCCCAUGCACAGGUGUUUCGCCGAUGUUUUGCCGCUGCAUGGUGCAGCUGCGAGGGGUUCGGCUUGUCAGUGGGUCCCCCAGCAUGCACCAUGUGUUUUGUGGUAGAUACUCCAAUUUAGAAAUUGUCGCUUUUUAAUUUCCUCAGAAAUUAUCUACGAAGUUGAACCCUAUGUCGGCAGUUAAUGAAUAUUACGCGGUUACCCGCUGUGGCUGAUGGACUUUGGCCCAAAUAUUCAUUUAUAAAAUUCUCGGUCUGAGUCUAUAGACUUUGAAUAAACUGAUCUACUCCAACUUCGUAGAUAAUUUCUGAGGAAAUUAAAAAGCGACAAAACAAGGAAUUGGUGUUUAAGCGCGGGAAUAUGUUGAGCCAUGCAAAACUCGCGGUUUACCAGGUUUGGACCAAUUGGCCGCCGCCCAUCCCAUGAGCUAUGCGAGCAUACUGAGGAUAGUGUUGACGGGUCAUUCGGCAGAGCAUUCUAUUGAAUAGUGUCGCUUAGAGCGAACUUCCCCUGGUUGCUCGCAGAUUUCGGCCCGUCUGUGAGUUUCUGAAUUUGUCCAGCAACCACAGACGAAAUUACCAAGUUCGGUUUGAUAACCGGAAUACUUUAAGAGACGGAGCUAACUGAUCCGAGUCAAUCUCACCUUUAUCAGUUGACCGCGAAAGUGUGCCAGGGUGACACGAUUUGCAGUUCAGAGAUUAUACUAUUAAUGAGUGUGUGAGCAUUGAGCAGUUGUUCCGCACAAAUUAGAGGUGAUAUUGUGCCAAGGUGCUUGGGGGAGACGGCUCUAUAUAUCCAUACCUCACCUUAUUACCUUCCACUUCCUCACUGUCAGUAUUUAAUAGGGCGCCUUUAAGGUGAAGCCUGGAAAACUAAUGGUCUGUCACUGAUAUGAAGUAGAGCAAUGCCGUACCCGAAGUAGCGAUCGCCGUCUGUUACAGUGUUUUCAGGCCCGGUUGCGGAUCGUUCUUCAUUUCCUAAGGUACUUACAGUAGGUGGACUAACUCACUAAAUGUCAAUCGAAAUUCCGAAGUGCGUUUUCGUUCCGAAAAGAUUAAUUAAGUAGGGUUGAAAAACUAACCACCAUGCAGCAUAAUUAUAUAAUUAUUCAGCUACCUCAAGGUGCCGGCUUUCGAACGAAUUUCCUUCUGGUUGCAUGCAAAAACUAUACUCUGCAAAAAAUGGUGUAACGGCAGGUCGGGGUUCAAAAUUAUUCGGGAAUUGGAAGUCUUUGAAAACCGAAUUAUACCCUUUCUUCGAGCAUAAAAUUAGAAGAAGACGUAAAUUUCUACCUAAUGAGCAAAAGAAUGAAUACUUUUAUGCAUGUUUUCCAUAAAAUAUAAUCGAAUAUUUAAGAGCAUCGAAACUCAAUGAGAAGAAUGCAUGCUACUUGACUAGUCAUUUUUUACAGAGUAUAGUUUUUGCAUGCAGCCAGAAGUAAGUUCAUUCGAAAGGCGGAAUCCUGAGGUAACUUAAUUAUUAUAGACUUAUGGUGCAGGCUGAUUAGUUUUACAACUCUAUUUAAUUAAUCUUUUCGGAACAAAAACGCUCUUCGGAAUUUCGAUUGACAUUUAGUGAGUUAGCCCACCUACUGUAGAUGCGCCCGAGAAGUCAUGCCAUGCCGUGUUGAGAUGUCGGCAAGUAAUUCCAACUGGUACGUAGCCAGUACUCAGUGAGAUUUUUUCCGACUUUACCAUCCACGAAAGAAAAAAAACGGAUUUGUUUUUGUUGCCGUUCGGGCGGCUGCCUAAUUCUGCCCAUCGGCUUUUACUGCGUUCGGCCAUAUUUUUUAGCAUCGCCUGUCAGGUGUCUGAACCUAUUAAUGGAAUGAAGGUCGUCGAUUGCUUUUUUACCCCGAGAAGAAGACGAAAACAUCCUCAUUCCCAGCCCACCGCUACUACCGGUUUUGGGGUUUCUAGCGACGCAGAGUGACUGCGCUUUAUGCGGUGGCGUCCUCAGUGUAAAUAAGGGAGAAAUCCUCUUUUGAAUCCUACUUUAUGUUAAGUAGGCUUAGAACAUGGAAGUUCCACUGUAGCUGAAAUUAACUUCUGUUGUCAGUAGGGAGAAGGAGGAGGUCGGAUGACCCCUCAUCCAGAUGCUAAUUUUCUAUAUAACCAAGCAAAAUUUACAGUGAGCUGAAGCGAUUUCGACAUCUCGCUGUCAUAAGUAACCAGAAGGUCUCUGCCAGAUGAAAAAUUGGUAGAGGGACGCUCACCGAUCGUUUUUUACGGAACUCACUCGUUCCGUCUCCCCCCUCCCUCGAGCCCAACCAGCAACUGCACGGCGGCGCAUGAUAUAGGCAGAAUGUUAUUACUUACAAGUGAGUUCCGUAAAAAAACGAUCGUUGAGCGCCCCUGCACCAUUGUGCAUUCCCGAUCGUAAUCGACAGGACAACGAGCCCGUGGCUCAGUGGUUAGAGGCGUUGAACUUCUAACUAACAGUUCGCGGGAUCGAGCCCCAGAUGUCCCACACUUCGGGAUUGGGCAUGACUGGCUGGCGACUCCUAAUAAGCCAGAAAUGGCCAUUCCAGUCUCCCUUGUAUUUGUCAGUAAUAACAUUCUGCCUAGAUGAAAAAUCGUUUCACAUUUGGCAUACGACGCUGUCGCUAGCUUUUUAAGCCCUUUUACGGGUCUGAAAAAGACCCGGCCAGUCUUAUUUGUUCUGAUCGAGAGGCAGCCUUCAAAAUAAACAAAAUUGGAUGUACAAAAGCGAUGGCCGACUUUGGCCCUAAAUACAGGCUUAGAGCACUUCACUGACGGCAUUUGCCAAGCAUUCGUAUCUCCUGGAGACGUCGAGAAGCUCGCGCUCCAUCGAGGGAGAUCCUUACGUAUAGAGUCAAUGGAAAUUCUGCCUCCCUGAGGGGUUGCAAUGUCACAGGACCCAAUCUUAGGCUAUGCCAUACAGCAUGGCAGAAAGCCCAGCAAGACGAUGUUUGUCUACCUGCGGGCUAUCCGUAUGGGGCGAAGAGGGAAACAGACGUCAGAUAAGUGGAAAGGUCAUCGGCGAAGGGCACCCGCGGCACGCGAUUCUGGCUAAUAUGCGGUUCCUGACCAUGCAGCCGUGAUACCUUCAGGCUACAGUGUUCGGUCACCUUCCUGGUAGACUGGUUAACUAUUAAAAGGUCACAAACACGACGAAAACUGCCCACCAUGCAAUAGGGUUUAAACGCCGCCGUCUAGCACAGCCCCGGGGGGAAUGGAUAGACAGCCGCUCAUCACCUCCACACAAACGCUGUUGGAUGAACCGCGGAUGAACGUUUCGUUAUCAAAGAAAUUUUCCUAACAAUUGAGGCCAGAAGUCACAGGCAUCUCGAAGUCUUUAUGAAGACUCCUAAAAGAGACCUGUCGUACGCCUACUUUCUCAACUCCAAGGCAUAUUUUUCCCUCCUGACAGUCCCAUCUCCCCUUUCUAGACUGCCCCCACUGCAGCUUUUUGCUGGACAUGACUCAACGAUCCUGCCAUUACUACUUGCUUUCAACUUCUUCGACGGCAAAUGGCCUCCCUUCGGCGCUGAUGUGAUCAUUGAACUCUACUCGCAGGCCGACGGUCCCAAUGCCGCUACCAUUAUGAACGGCGCUGGGGAGGGGGGCCCCUCGCCGUCAGCCUACAAGGCGCCCGCCUCGCAGUUGCCGCAUUCCAGCAUUGAUUGGCCGGAUAGCCUGUUGGACAACUUCUGGAUUCGUAUGAAGUACCUCAACAAACCGGCACCGCUGGUGUCUCUGUGGAAUAUGGAGAAGCAGCUGCAACCGCUAGGUUCUAUGGAGUAUGUCCCCUUGCGGUCGCUGAUCGAACGGUGGACCCCAAUGGCUGUCUCCAUGGAAGACUUCCGCUCAUACUGCCUCAAAGCUGCCGGACGCGCCUAUUUCAUGCCUGAGGGCAUGGGCUACGUGGGUCCGAGGCCUGUAUAA